CAUUCUCACAUCCAUUACAGCGGCAGGUUUGAGACUAAAAACUCAUACAAGUAAAAUCUAAUUUAUUCAUUUAAUUUUUAGCCACCCGUCGAGGUCAUGUGACAGUCGCUGUCAGCUGGGCAGGACGUUGCAAAGAUGGUGAUAUACAGUGUGUAUGUGGUGAACAAGGCUGGAGGGUUAAUUUAUCAAUAUGAUAACUAUGUCCCGCGAGCAGAGGUGGAGAAAACCUUCAGCUACCCUUUGGACUUGGUGCUGAAGCACCACGACGAGAAGGUGGUCGUAUCGUUUGGACAGCGGGACGGAAUCAGAGUGGGCCAUGCAGUGCUGUCCAUCAAUGGAGUUGAUGUGAUCGGGAAGAACACAUCAGAAGGAAAGGACAUCCUUGAAUACCUGAAAGAUCCUUCAAAUUAUCCCGUGUCUAUUCGCUUUGGACGAGCGCGCCUGAGCUCCAAUGAGAAGCUGAUGCUGGCGUCCAUGUUCCACUCGUUGUUUGCAAUAGGUUCACAGCUAUCCCCCGAAGUCGGCAGUUCAGGGAUCGAAAUGUUAGAAACUGACGUCUUCAAACUUCACUGCUUCCAGACUCUCACAGGGAUAAAGUUUAUCGUGCUGGCGGACCCGCGACAGUCUGGAAUCGAUGCGUUGUUGAGGAAGAUUUAUGAGGUGUAUUCAGAUUUUGCCCUCAAGAACCCGUUCUAUUCUCUGGAAAUGCCAAUCAGGUGUGAGCUCUUUGAUCAGAAUCUGAAGAGUGCAUUGGAGGUAGCAGAGAAAGCCGGCAACUUUGGAGCUGGAUCUUAAACAGGGCAUUCACAGACUGAAAAGAAAUAAGUGGACUCCUUUUUCUUGUUUUGGACUGUUUUUUCCCACAUUUGCUCAUUAACACUUUGUAAAUACAUCGUUUUGUAAAUAAUUCAGAGAUUAAAAUCCAUACUGUAUUUAAA